ACACGUAGUUGCAUAAAAUGAGCUUCUACUACUUUGUUAACUUUUCUGAUGCUUCCUUACUCCCUCACAUUUACAUCCUUUUUCUAAUUUUCUAGUCGGCUAUUCCUUCAUAGAUCUCUCUCUUUCUCUCGCCCAAACCUCACUCAACCAUGGCGAAUACGGAGAAUUUAGAUGCGAAGAUAGAGCAAUUGCUGAACGUCGAGAAGCAGAUGCGUCUCGCCGGUGAAAUUGUCGGCACCAGAAAAGCUGCAAUCGACAUUUUGCAACUCUGCUUUGAAGCGAAAGCGUGGAAAACCCUAAACGAUCAGAUUGUCGUUUUGUCUAAACGACGCGGUCAACUUAAGCAGGCUGUAACAGCUAUGGUCCAGCAAGCUAUGCAAUAUAUUGAUGAGACACCUGAUGUUGAAACGCGUAUUGAACUUAUCAAAACAUUGAACAGUGUAUCUGCUGGGAAGAUCUAUGUUGAGAUUGAGAGAGCUCGGUUGGUCAAGAAACUUGCCAAGAUUAAGGAAGAACAAGGGCUUAUAGCCGAGGCUGCUGAUUUGAUGCAAGAAAUUGCGGUGGAAACAUUUGGUGCCAUGGCAAAAACUGAGAAAAUUGCCUUCAUUCUCGAACAAGUUCGAUUGUGCCUAGACCGUCAGGAUUAUGUUCGUGCACAAAUACUAUCUAGAAAGAUUAGUCCAAGAGUAUUUGAUAUAGAUGCAUCUAAGGAAAAGAAAAAGCCCAAAGAAGGCGAUAAUAUGGUUGAAGAGGCUCCUGCAGACAUUCCAUCUCUACUGGAGUUGAAGCGGAUUUAUUAUGAACUAAUGAUUAGGUAUUAUUCCCACAACAAUGAAUAUCUUGAAAUUUGCCGUUGCUACAAGGCAAUAUACGAGAUUCCAUCUGUCAAAGAAAACCCAGCUGAGUUUAUUCCUAUCCUGAGGAAAAUAUGUUGGUUCUUGGUUCUUGCACCACAUGAACCAAUGCAGUCGAGCCUUCUCAAUUCCACGUUGGAUGAUAGGAAUCUUUCUGAGAUUCCAAACUUCAAGCUACUUUUGAAGAAUGUGGUAACCAUGGAAGUCAUCCAAUGGACAGCUCUUUGGGAUACAUAUAAGAACGAGUUUGACAAUGAGAUGGUCUCUGGAAACUUUUUGAGUGAAAAAGCAGCAGAAGAUCUGAAACAAAGAAUUAUUGAACAUAAUAUUCUCGUUGUAUCAAAAUACUAUGCAAGGAUUACUUUGAAGAGACUCGCACAGCUUUUGUGUCUCAGCCUAGAGGAAGCUGAGAAGCAUCUCUCAGAAAUGGUGGUGUCGAAGGCUCUGGUGGCAAAGAUUGAUAGACCAAUGGGAAUAGUUUGUUUCCAAACAGCAAAGGAUAGCAAUGAUAUUCUUAAUUCAUGGGCAUCAAAUUUAGAGAAACUGCUUGAUCUUGUUGAGAAGAGCUGUCAUCAAAUACACAAGGAAACCAUGGUCCAUAAAGCAGUUUUAAAGGUUUAAGAAGAUCCACAUAACGGUCCUUCAGGAGCUCCUUAAUAUGUGGUUUUGGACUGAAGUUGCCUUACCUGGAACUGGAAGGUUCAUUUGAAAUGUUGCCCCGUUGUGUUAGUGAAUAGCAUUAAACAGUUGUCUCUUUGAAUUUAUAUUUUGCCAUUCAAUUGUUCAGGGAAGAGAUGGAUAAAUGAUUCUAGUACUGAAAGUAGCUAUGUUGUAUACUACUGUUAAAUACCUUACCACUGACUUACCAGACAUGAUCCUAAACGAUCUUGUUUUUGUAGCAGUGGCAAGAAAUUGAGUGUUUGUUCAUUUA